GGAAACGUCAUCGACCUUAACGUCGAGCGCGCGCGCCUUUACGCACCUCGGAGUUCGUGUAUAAAAGCCGCACCGACGCACAGAGCAGAAACUCCAGCGCCGUCCGGUUAACGUUCAAAGCAACUAAGAGGAGAAGGAAAAAAAUCCAAACGAACACCAAAUAAACUGUAACAAUCCCUUACUGUGAGGACGAUGAUGGUGCUGAUGAUGAGGUGCGCGCCAGAGAGGUCCGUGAGGUCCGCGGUGAUGCUCGCGACCGUCGCCGUGCUGCUCUCGUGCGCUCCCGCAGACGCCUGGUACAAACAGGCCACCGGACCGAGCUACUACUCCGUGGGCAGAGCCUCGGGUUUACUGUCCGGCAUCCGCAGAUCGCCGUACGUCCGCAGGUCCGACACGGAGUCCGUGCUGGACCCAGGAGAGAGCACCGGAAACAGCGCACUGCACGAGCUGAGCGCGCGACACACACCUGUCCUCAAAAACAUGGCCAUCUGCAUCAAAGACAUUUCUCCGAACCUACAGAGCUGUGAGCCGGUGCCGGACGCCUGGAACACGUUCCGGUGCAGGGCGGAGGUUCUGCUCGCGCUCGACACGCUCGACUGCCUGGUGGUGUGAGCGGCACGUGAGCGACACGUGAGGGCGGAACCCGACUCCGGUCCUAUAGAAACCCCCCCCGUCCUGCACGCUUUGGUGUUGUCCUGCUCUAACACAGCGUCAGGACGGGGGACGUGUCCAGGACCGGGGUCAGGACCCUGUGUUCUAAACCAAACCCCAGACCUGAUACACAGCAGCAUCAUUUAGACACCUGUUAGUCCCACACUUUGCUCUGUUUAGGAUGCUUUCACUCGCUCUGCUGCUCGGAGCUCCAUCACCACGUGGACUCCUGACCCUGAAUGUUAUUUAUUUUCCUCCGAGUUUAUCUACAAUUAAUUCUAUUAACCUACAACAGUGUGCGUUGCGUGUGUGUUUGUGCGUAACGGACUCGGUGUCUCUGUCGCUCCUGUGUGUAAAUGUGGAACCUGUUUAAAGAA